AUGCCCUCCACAUCAACCCUCACCUCGAACGAAAAGUCGCUGAUCAAGAAACACGCCCCUUCAGCGCCAGGGGACAAGAUCCACACCGCCGCCGUCGCGCGAGUCUACUACGCCUUCCCCGACCCGGCCAAAUGGUCCUACAGCGGUAUUAGCGGUGCACUCGUAUUCGGAUGGGGUAGUCAGGGCGGGUGGAUCAAGGUUGUUGAUCUGGCGGUGCGUCCUACACCGGUCUGCCGUGGCUCGGAUGCCCGAUCUUUGACGGGGAAGGUUGCAGCGCUGAUCGGAUGUGAAAACAAACCUGUGCAGGGUACACGAGGGACGAUUUGGAAACACGAGAUCGUUGAAGAGAUGCAGUACUACCAAGAUCGAACCUUCUUCCACACGUUCCCGUCUGAUGUGAGUCUCUCGGCCCAGUCGCAUCCCGGUUCGGAUGCGUCGUAUACGGCGAGACAGCGUCGAAUUAGAAUGUCGACCAAAGUAAAACAUUUGAUGUCAUGAAUGCUUACUUGCAUAUCCACGUCACACGCAGGACUGCAUGAUAGGGCUCGCCUUUUCAUCCGAAUCCGAAGCCGCCGAGAUGUUCAAGAAAGUCUCGAUGCGAUCCAAAUACGCGAGCAAAGCCGGCCAAUCGUCCAAGAAGAGCUCAUCUGCAUCGGCUGCUACGUCGAGUCCCAGUGGAAAGAAGAAGAAGAAGGGCGUGAUCGACAAGAGCAUGAUUGGCGCCCCGACCGGCUUCAGUCACGUCGCUCACAUGGGCUUUGACACGGAAAAGGGCUUCAGCAGUAGUAAUGUCGAUCCGAGCUGGGAACGAUUGCUCGGACAACUCGAAGGACAAGGAAUCAGUAGGGUGAGUUGGGAUCAUCUCGAUUGGGCUUCGAGAUCUUGAGAUCUUGUCGAUAGAAAGGGGGCUAAGUAGCCUUGUUCCCGUGUGAACCCCGCAGAACCAAAUCAUCAAGAACGAGGCCUUUAUCCGAAACUACGUGGAAGGAUCGGGCGGACCGAACGCUGUUGCAUCACCCGCACCUCCACCACCUUCAGGCCCUCCUAGUCGAAAAGUGCCUCCUCAGGCCCCUGCUUCUCGAGCUGUGCAGAACAUCAAGCGCAAACCUCCUGCGCCGCCUGCACCACGUAGGGUGCCUGCUUCCGACUCCUUUGUCGACGCUGCCCCGCCUUUGCCACCCUCUCGAGCACCUGUUGCACGUCCACCACCACCUCCAUCGUCUGCACCUCCAUCUCGCUCGAGCGUCGUGCCCCCACCCCCACCGCCCCCACCACCGUCGAGUGGCCCGCCCCGUGGAGGUGAGUUUCCAGUCCCGUGUUCACGAUAAACAUCGCGCAGUAUCUUUGAGAGCUGACACGUUUGUGAUUCUGCUCAGGCGCACCUCCUCCUCCCCCACCUGCCCGCUCCGGCGCGCCGUCUGCCCCGCCGCCACCACCUCCUGCCCCUCGCGGUGUACCUCCCCCUCCCCCACCUCCACCCGGGGCAUCGCCUGCCGUCCAGCUUCCAGCUCCCCAAGACGGACGAGCAGGUCUUUUGGCCUCGAUCCAAGGUGCUGGUGUUGGUCAACUGCGCAAAACCGGUGCCGACCCGGACGCUCGAGCGGCUCCUCAAAUCCCCGGUGCCGGUGCCGGUGCUGCUAUGGCUGCUGGUGGUGAUGAAGAUGGAGCGGGUGGUGGAGGAGGAGCCGAUCUGGCAAGCGCUUUGGCUGCGGCUUUGAAUCAGCGCAAGGGCAAGCUCGGCGAUAGUGAUGAUGAUGAUGAGAGUGAUGAGGAUUGGGACUAG